AGACUUGCCUCGGUGAAGGGAUCUGUGAUGCGCGCGCACUGUUGGGGCUGCGGAUGCAUCGUCUGGCCUGGCACGGCCCUCUGGUGCCGACCCCCGGCUGGCUGGGCCGCUGGUGUGUGCCCUGAGAAACUGAGCUUUGACUACACCGUGCACAUGCGCUGGCAUGAGGCGGCUGGUGACGGGUGCUAGGUGGCCUGCGGUUCCCGGAGAGCUCUGACUUCAGUCUCGCUUUGUGCGUGUCCCUGCAGGCCAGCGACGUGCCCCAGGACAGGGGCCAAAGCUGUUUGUCUGAACCUGCCUGCACCAGCCCUGCACCCGAGGAGUGACUUCAAGGGGUGCUCGCAAGUCUCUAGGUCCUUGCUUGGUAGGGCAAAGGGGUGGGCUCAUGAUUGCUACUAGACAGUCGCGUCACUGAGAGAACUGUGCUUGGAUAUUUAUGUUUCUUUAUCAGUUUUGUCCUUUUUUACACCAUCAGGCAUGAGAGCUGUCCCCAGCAGGCACCCUUUCUUUUCUCAGAGUGGCAUGUGUCCCCUGGGAAGUGCAGCACUGACAGACUCAGACUAGGCAUGUAUUUAUAUUCUCACAAGUGUCUUGGGGCAAUAAUCUGAGCCUGCUCGCUUCCUGGGACACCCUGUGCUUUCUGGUAGUGAUGACUGAGAGAUCUCUGUUACCAUGUUUCAGGCACAGCGAUGGUAUUGGUGUCUGGCUGGUAUGGUGUACAUGGAAAGUAAACCUCUCUGACCACUGGGUUUGGACCAACAUGGUUACUGUGGUUAGAUAGUGUGUCUUGGGGUCUGCGUUGGUGUUUUUAGUACCAAAAUACUGGUAUUUGUUGUAGUUGUUUAGAUUUAGAUUUAUAUCGUGCUGUGUCCGUGCUUACUCAGUCUCACAUGUAGACAUAGUUUGCUGCCUUAUACCAACAAAAGGUGUUCCCUACCCAUUGGGUGGGGUAGGCAGAAUUAGCUGCAGUUGUGGCUGUACUGGAAAGGGAUGUCGUGCUGCUUUGACUGUCCUGGUAGACCUGGAGUAGCAUGAUUUCCAAGUGUAGACAAGCCAGGAGUGUGCAGUGAUGCUUCUGGUGUAAAUCUGGAGCCAGUGCUCCAGGAAUCUUGCAGCCAGUGCUCAUGGCUUCCUGUGCACAUAGGCCAGUUCUCUCAUAUCCCUGUGCCUCCAUGUCCCAUGUGGAGAAACCCUAAAGACAGUCUGUAUUUGCCUCCCAGGGAAACUGGGCAGUUUGAUCCAGACCUUGGAUGAAAGGGAUUCUAGCCAGGUUAUACAAAUGGCUGCAGGGGAUGGAGCUGUUAUGGUGCUAAGACCUAAGUUAAGUCUGCUCAAGCCCUUAGGUGCAAAAUUGCGGAGUGGAGCUCUGUGAGCAGGAGUGUUUGCAGGCCAAGGUGUCCCUCAUACCACCUGAGGAAGCUGUAAGAAGUUGGUUGGGCAAGCAAUGCCACAUACUGGAUGGGUUUCUGGGUGUGAUUUCUUUAGAGAAACUAUCCCAAUCUCUCAUCUGUUCCCACCCUUGCCAAAAGGGAUCUUUCCCUUCCUGCAUAGGUAAGGACUUUCCCUCUGAACCAGGGCUGGGAGGGUGGGCUGGCUGGCCUGAUGGCUGCCCUGCAGGUUGUGGGGCGUUUCCUCCUUAGUAAUGGCUGGUUCUGCUUGUGAUAGGGCUAGUCUUUUGUGAUGCUUUCCCUCUGCCAGUGGGGAGGAGUGCAGAGUGUCUUGCUGGGAGGCUGCUUGCGCAGUGCCAAGCCCUGCUUUAUGGUACUUGAUAUGCAGUGGACUUUGACCUUAAUGUCAACCUUUUUCCAGCCAGCAUGCAUUGCUGGCAUCUUCUAAGCAGUACCAGAGCCUCACAACACCUCUGAGUGCAUGAGUGGUGGAGGAUGAGCCCCUAUUUUGCAGAUAAGUAAGCCAUGACCAAGGUCACACAUCGAGCCAGUGACAGAACUGCCUGCUUCUGGAGAUCCAACAAACUGCUCUGAGCUGAAGCAGAGUGUCUUAGCAGAGUCUGCAGCUUGGCAGAAGCUCACUUGUCCAACCAGUUCCCCUCGCACUGUGAAAACCAACACUGCUUCCCUGGUUUGCCUCCAAAGUCAAAUCCAAAAACACACAGAAAAAUUGCUGCUGAACUACUGGAAGGCAAAGCCAGCCUUUCUUUCCCAGCCUGGGAGCCAGUCCAUCUUCUGAGGUCUCAGGUAUUAUAUCCCGUGUGUCCUGACUCCCUGUCCGGUGCAGACUUCCAGAAAUGAUGGAUCAUGGGAGGGGCCCCAAAGGAGCACUGCUGUCUGAAAGUGCUCUGCAUCCUCCCUUCAGGGGUCUUGGGUUGGGCUCCACAAAUCAUCUCAUGGUUUGUCCAACCUUUGGGGCAGUGCUGGUCUUUCCUUUGUUGUCCCAUGCAGUUCCAGAGGCUUUGUUGGGAGAAACAAGUAAGUGACGCUUCCAGUGGAGGGUCUCAGAGCGCGGGCAGAUAGUCACGACCAGACCUCCUCUAUAGCCCUCUGAAUUAGAAACAACAGACCAGCUGCUGAGUUUGCCUGAGGUUGACAGGGAACUGAUGGACUCAAAGCUGUCGCUGAAGGGUCAGUAUUGUUUGGGGGCAAGAGUGGGGCCAGGCCCUUGUGUGACGUCAUACAGCCUUAGGGUGUGGGAUGCAGCAUUGUAAGAGAGGUCAUGGGUGCUUCACGGGUGUUGUGGAUCCCAUCGGGAUGUUGGUUCCAAGGUCUUUGCCAAAGUGUAACAGGGUAAUUAUAAGCUCUUGCUGUCAUGCAGCUGCUGCCUUCCAGUUGAAGGUGCCUGUGUUUCAGCUGUGAUGCUUCGUGGUCCCUGUAUAGAGAUUGGGUAUGGGUUGUUUCUGCUUGUGCAGCACAUGAGGCUGGAGGCAUGGAUCAGAGAGCACUUGUCCUUGAUGUGAGCACCCCUGUGGAGCACAGCAGGGUGUUGUGAGUCUGCAGUCCAGGUGUGCUGGGUGCUCUGAGAUGCCAGAAGAGAAGAGGUUUCAGAGGAUCAAAGCACUCUUCUCAUGUCCUGAGUCUUUCUUAAGGGAUCUUGGCCAGUCCAAGGGGGAGGGGUGCAAACAAGCUUCCUCUGUCUUCUUGUCUUCCACUGAUUAAAUUAUACCUGGGUGGUACUGACCUGGGAGCUUUGGCAGGUGUGGUGUUACUCCAUUGACCUCUCGGUUAUGGGCCCAGCAUGCUCCUGCUGAGCUUUGGCCUGUGUGUGAACAUGGUAGCUUUGCACUUAGUGUGACGUGGCUUGGUCAGUGCUGAUUCCAGACAGGAUGCUUCCCUGGCUGUGGAGAAAUAUGGCAAAUCUGACAGUUCAUGACUGGGCCUAGUGGGGAGAUGCGAUAGUGGCAGUGCUUGGCUCUGUCACUAACUCUGCUGGCAAGGCCAGCAGCUGGAUUUUAGUAAGGGUCAGGUGGUUUUGAGACCAGGAAUAUUGGUACCGAGUGAGAAGGUCUCAUGUUUUAAGGCACAAGCUGAAAGAAAUCCCAGCACUACAUAACUGUCCUGAGUGUCUCGUGGGCACCUAGGACCCAGGCAGAGCUCCUUGGGGCUGUCAGCUGAUCCAGUGCAACAGGUUCUGGGUUCCAAGAGACGGACAUGGGAAUUGCCUCCAUGGGACAGAUUGGGACAUUAGCUUGGCAUCCACACCCUGCAGGAGGAGAAAAGACACUGCUGCGCUACUGGGGAAGCCUAGAGGGAAAGGAAAAAAAGAAUUCCUUCCAGGUCCCAGCCAGCAAUCAGCUCAUGUCUUGGAGCAGGGACUGACACCGCACAGUGACCUUGGCAGCAGGCAUUCUUCCUUCUUUCUGCAUGCCAUCCUUUUAACUGCAGCCUGGGGCUCCCUAGGGCUGGGAUGGCUUUUCCCUGAAAAAGUCAGACAACAUAGGUAGAUGAAUGGGGUUGACCUGGUGUCCAAAAUCCUCCCGUAGGAAUGAAUGGGGCUGACCUGGUGCCCACAAUUUCUGCUGCCCAGGGUUUGGCUCCCAAUUGUCCACCCAGGACACAGUUGGGUAGGAAGGCACAGAGGACCUGUAUCACCACCAGAGGCUUAAGCCUCCAAAAACAGCCUCUCCCACCCAGGCUUAAGCCUCCCUGGCUUCCACCCCUCCCCCACACCUUUUCCCAGUGCCCCCUCUCCAUCAGCAGCUCCAGGCACCUGCCUCCCUGCCUCUGUGGGGAGGGCCAGGCCCCCCAUUGAAAUGCAUAGGUGGACCCUGGUGCUUGAGAAGCCCCCCAUUGAAAUGCAUGGGUGGACCUGGUGCCUGGAAAAUUCAUGUGAAUAGGUGCUCAGUGAAUAGGUACUUAACUUUUCCUGGUGACAGGCACUGGCCUGGGGGCCAGCCUUCUUUGUGCACAGUGGUCUGGGCUUUGUCUAGGAGCUCUGCCUUCUGCCCCUGACAUGCUUGCAUAAAGGGAGGGACAUUGUGCUGGCAGUACCCUGUUCAGUUGGAGGGGUGGGUUGAGGUGUCCUGGGAGCCUGUUAUUUCACACAAUGCCUGUUAUUUCCUGACCGGCUCAGCUGGUCCAUAAAGGAGCUAGGUUUUGUUCCGGUGCUGCUCUCCCACCCCCAGCCCCUCUGAGAUGAUAAUAGAUUUGUACGUGGUGCACAAAGCCCUCUUCAGGAUGAGUGUCCCAGGGGAGCAAGGGGGAGCCUGUACUUGGGACUGGAAGGCUGAAGUCAGCCUUGGAUUUGGACUCUGGUGGGGAGGCUCAUCCUUAGUGCUGGGAAGGCAUUUGGAAGACCUGUUUUGCUCCUCACACAGUGAUGAGCACUGAACAAGAGGUUACAUACUAACAGGGUGAAACCAGAGAGGUAGCUGGUAUGUCCCUGGGGGGUAUCUGUGUCAUCAGAUCCUGCCUUCUGGAGCUCCCUGAGAACUACGAGUGUCUCUUGUGCGGCAACCCUGCAAACACUCACGUCCCUGCUUCACUCCAUAGGCACAUGCGGUCAGCUGGCUCCAAAGAGGCUGUCCACCUGGGUGAAGCGUGUUCAGCAUUCGGGACCUGGUUUGCAGGCUGAGAACUUGCAGGAUGGGGCUGAGCCACUUCCUUGGGGGUUCAGGAGUGGGAGAGGGUGUGGAUUGCAAAGACAGCUGGUGUAGAAGCAGGCGGUGGAAUGAGGUUGUGCAGGGAGCGUUGUGAGUGAUCCCACUCCAGGUUCUUUCCCAGUCUGUUCUGCUAAGUCCGAAAAGCGUGUGUUGGGCAGCUGGGCUUUUGCCUUUGUAGCUUCCCAAUGACAAUGACAAUGGGUCAAGAACAGAAGUGUGAUGAUAACCAAAAAUGCUGGUGAACGUAGGCACAGCCUGACUAGCUUGUGCCUAGCCCAGCCUCCUCCUGUCUUUGAUACUGACAGCAACAGAAGUUGUAAGGAAUUCUGCAGUUGCCAGACAUAAUGAUAUAACCCUCCCCCUGUCCUCACCUCUGUCCUAAACCAAAAUACUGGAUCCAUACACCUCCAGACUUUUGGAGAUUCAGAGUCUGGAUUGGGUUUGGAGCCUGCAGCUGACUUGUUGCUCAACUGAGUAGGGCCCAAACAUCUCACCAGCCUCUUGUUGUAUUGUGUCAGAGUUCAGACCCUGUUUUAAGUCUAUAGACCCUUUUUCUUGCCACACAGCACUGCUCCAGAGGUAUCUUCUCCUUGUUUCCCCCUCAGAGGUGGCUUUCUCAAAGCUGAGUUGUGAUUCAGUGCUAGACCUGGGACUUUUAGUUCCUAGGUGUGUGCUCAGAGUAUCAGCCCCCACCUUUCCAUCCAGGAGCACUGCAGCACCUGCCAUGCCCCUAGCAAGUUGCUGCAGCUCCUGUUUUUCAGUGCGUCUCAUGAUGUAUCACCAGGAGCAGAAAGAAGACAGCAAGGUAGGGUCCUUCUCUCCAGUUGGCAUUCAUGAAUGGAGCAUGGCAGCUCUUUCUCUCCUCCAAAUGGGUGGAACUGAGAAGCAUCUUUCAAUCAAACAUGCUUUUGUGGACAGUGCCAGCUUGUCUGCCUGCCAGUCCUUUCCAAAGGAGACCGUGUUCAGUUUCAGUCUGUGCUCUCUGUUCAAUGGGCUUUGAAAGAUGCCCAGCUCCGUGAGCUGUCUGUACAAUGGGACCUCAGUAUGGGGAACCUGGGGCGGGGCAUUUUCCCUGAAGUUCUGCAGCAGGGUGGGAAGGGGAGCUGGGCUAAAUACACUGAUUGUGUUGUAUUGUGUGUUAGUACUCAUGGAAGAGGAAAAUGCUGUUCAGAGGGGGGCUAGGAGGACAGUGCCACGCAUCACCCCACACUUUACAGCACUUUGCACCUACACCUAAUAUUCCAGGCAGGCACCUGACUUGCAGAAGGCAUUUAGGAGCCUAGAACCUCUGAGGGAGACGGGUGGGGGUCAGGUGAGGGCGUAUCCACUUUGGCACCACAUUUUUUGCUGUGACGUGGUCUUCUGGGGAAGGCCGUAGCCAGGGCAGUGAAGGGGGCAGGAGGGGUGGGAGCAGAGUAGGAAGUGGUCGGUCAGUAAAGCUGGUUUUCUUUCUUUUUGCUUGUAUUCUAAUAACUCUGCCCUUCCAGCAGAGAGCUGGAUCCUGCUGGUGCGGCCCUAAUCACAGAUUGCAGCACAGGAAUGGGAGGAGCUCGUCACCCAGUCAGACUGGCUAAACUCCUUUUAUUAAGCAAUCCUGUGCUCUCUGCACACAACUCUACCUUUUGACUCACCAUAGAAAUUUCCCAGUGCUUAUGAGUCGUUUGGUGUUGUCUGUAUUGUGGCAGCACCUGCAGCCCCCGUUGCUGAUCAGGGCUCGGCUGUGUUUUGUGCUACACAAACAUAUGGCCCAAAGAUGAAAUGCCGGUUCUUCCUAAAAAAUGAGGUCAUCUGCCUUCCCCUCUCCCACCCCCUCCCCUUGCUUGCCUGAUGAUCUCAGUACUGAUGGUUUGCCCUGUGGUGGCCCCAGGUGCACUGCCUUUCAAUCCAGCCAAACUCUUCUGCAGGCAUCCACUGAUUCACACCUCUGUGAAUUACUGGGAGGCAAAAAUCGUGACCGAGCUGCCAGGUGAAAUGGCGAGGGCAGCCCGUGUGUGCCGUGUGAGUGGAGCCUUGAUAGGAAAAGCAGGCGCUGGGGUUCACUGCUGUCUGCUCUGGGAGGGACAUGACAGUGCCUUUUUAGAGACUUUCUCUUCUUGAAUGAUAGAAGACCUUAAGAGGGAAGGUGUUCAGGGUGCCACUGCAAUUUCCAGGUAGGAGCAUAAGCUUUUGUCACAGGCAGUGAGUUGUUCAGGCUCACUGUCUCCCGUUUCUUUGGGUCACUCAAGUUUUCAGUAUUGAAGGAGAUAAGACAACUCCUAGGAGGAGGAAGUAACAGUGGGGUCAACAAUAGGGCCUUGCUUCAGAUUGGGUGCUCCUGGGGAAUAAUGGUGAAAUGGGGUCCCUGGCAGAGCUGUGCUGUUUGCAGGAGGAUGCGUGUCUGGGGAACUGUGUCCCUGGCUUUUCACAGAGGCUGCUUUUGAUGGGAGAACAAACAGCCUUUGUCAGUGCCUGUGUGCUUUGCUGAAGACUCCCCAGAGCUGCUGCAGGCUUCAGCAGCACAGAGUGGGGCUUUCCAGGCUUACACGGGUGCUGCAGUGGCCCCUCGGCCCCCAGUGUGUACUUGGGUGCUGCUGUAUUGUCACACGGUUGCAGUAAGGGGGUGCAGACCUCUUACAAAGAGAGUUCAGUCGGGGAUCAAUUGCUGAGGGCCUGUCUGCUGGCACUUGGAUAAUGCAGGCUGCUCAUGGUGUCUAUUCUAGUAGACUGAUAGUCUAAGUCAGAGCUUUCCAAACUUUUCAUGUUGGUGACACACUUUUUAGACAUGCAUCAUUUCGCGACACAGUAAUUCAGUUCCGGGGGAGGGGCCAAGGGAAGCAGACGCGAGUAAGGGAGCUCCGCGGUGCCCUUCCGCAAAAUUUUCUGCAUUUCGUGCGACACACCUACACACUGCCGCCGACACACUAAUGUGUCGCGGCACACAGUUUGGAAAGCUCUGGUCUAAGUGCUUGGCUUGGCUCUGAGAUACCCAGAGAGACUUCAUUUUCCCUUUGCUAAACUCUUGGUUCAUCUGUUACUUCCAGAUUCCUUUGAAGUCUCCAACAUCAACUGGGUCUGAGGAGAUCUGGAGACCAAGCCCAGGUCUGCCACUCAUCGGCUGUGUAACCUUAGCUUGAACUGCGGUGUCUCUGUUCUGGCAGAGAGGAGAGCGCUCACAUCCUGCAGGGCCCCGGCUCCCCGCAGUGCCAGCAUGUCACAGAGACGCUCCGAGGGCGAGGACAAGGUCUUUCUCGUGGAGCACAAGUUCCGCUCAGAACUGCACAUCAGCCCCUCUGGGCACCGCAGAUCCCUGCUGGCGAUGGACAAUGCCUCUUUCUCACCCCAGCCUUCCCCGUCCCCGUCCCCGUCCCCCUCCUCAACUGACUCCCGCCGCAUCAUCCUGAGCACAGAAAGCCCAGCUGCGCUCAAAGUGGGCACCCAGCAGAUGAUCCCCAAGAGCCUGGCUAUCUCAUCCAGGCCCAAGGCCCCGGCUCGCCACCAGAGCUUUGCCACAGUCCCACCAAACAGGGAGAUACCUCGAUGCGACCCCAAACGGAUGUCGGCCCCCAGCAUCUCCCUGGAUGAGGUGGAAUUCGAUGCCGGGGGCAUGCUUAAGCGCAAUCUGCGGAACAUGUCUUACCGGGCAGCCAUGAAGGUGCAGGGGGGCAGUGAGGAGCCUGAGCCUGUGAGAAGUAUCGCCAGCCUGAAGCCCUUGGAGGAGGGCAGCACGCAGCCAGCACAGAGCCCAGGCAGGACCAAGAAAACCUUUGGGAAGAGACGGAUGCAGAGGCACGGAGGCUCCUUCAAGGAUGACCCCCGGCUGUACCAGGAGAUCCGUGAGCGAGGGUUGAACUCCAUCCCUCAUGAGUCAGACGAUGACUUGCUUGAAGAGGAACCCACCCCAGAGGAGCAACCCACUCCUGAUGCUGCCAUUGUGGUGAAGAGCUAUCGACCUGCCCAGAUGACUUGGAGCCAGCUACCUGAGGUGCAGGAAAUGGACAUCCUCGACAAAAUAAGCCCUGCAGAGCGCAAAAGGCAGGAGGCCAUCUUCGAGAUCAUCACCUCUGAGUAUUCAUACAUGCGCAGCCUCAGCAUCCUGGUUUGCCACUUUAUGAGGUCUGAGGAGCUGAAGGAGACAAUGACACAGACCCAGCACCACCACCUCUUCUCCAACAUUGGGGAUAUUCUGAACAUCAGCAAGAGUUUUUUUGAGGACCUAGAGAAACGGUACCAGGAACACAUCCUGAUCUCUGAAAUCAGUGACAUCAUGGAAAAGCAUGCACUGCAGCACUUCCACCCCUACGUCAUCUACUGCUCCAAUGAGGUCUACCAGCAGAGGACGCUACAGAAGCUGCUAGCCACAAAUCAUGCAUUUAAAGAGGCGUUGAAACAGAUUGAAAGGAAACCAGAAUGUGGUGGUCUGCCCAUGAUCUCCUUCCUCAUCCUUCCCAUGCAGAGAGUAACACGCCUUCCCUUGUUGAUGGAGACUGUCUGCCAGAAAACCAACCCAUACAGCACGACGUACGAAACUGCCACCCAAGCCCUGAGAGCCAUCAGUAAGCUGGUUAAGAGCUGCAAUGAAGGAGCCCAUACCAUGGAACGGACUGAGCAGAUGUACACCCUGCAGACACAGCUGGAGUUCGGGAAGAUCAAGCCAUUCCCACUGAUUUCUGCCUCCCGGUGGUUGCUGAAGAGAGGGGAGCUUGCCCUGUUCCAUGGAGAGGAAGUUGGGAUCUUCCGCAAAGGCCGGGUCAACUGCUACCUCUUCCUGUUCAACGAUGUCCUGAUCAUAACCAAGAAGAAGAGUGAAGAGAGCUACACUGUGAUGGACUAUGCCAAGCUGGAUCAGGUCGUGGUGGAGAAGAUUGAAAGCCCUGACCCACCCUCCUCGCCCCCGGGCAAGCCAGGGGCUGGAGGCACGGCCCGUAGCCCGUGGAACGGCCACUUGUUCCGAGUGAUCCUGAAGAAGAACAGCGAAGGGAGACGGGAGGAGAUCGUGCUGUCAGCAGAGUCCUUGAGCAACCGGGCUCGUUGGAUCACUGCGCUGAUGCACAGGGAGAAUGCACAGAAUGACACUUCCAGCAAAGGAGAUCUGAGCCAGGUGGAGAUAAUCAGGGCACACUUGGCUAAACAGACGGAUGAAAUUUCGCUGCAGCAGGGAGAUGUUGUCUUGGUCCUGGGUGGAGAAGAUGGCUGGUACUUGGGUGAGAGGCUUCGAGACGGCGAGAGAGGCUGGUUCCCCCAGUCGUGUGCACAGCAGAUCACCGAUCGCAGUGCCGUGGAGCGCAACGUCCGCCGCCUGGAGCGGCUGCGCAUAGAGACGGACGUAUAG